AUGUUGGUGUUCUUUGUACCUCGAUUUUUCUUCAUAACAUGGGUUAUUGUAGUUUCCCUACAGAUGCAUGGAUAUAGAAGUUGCCUCGAGAAGGAAAGGAAGGGAUUGUUAGAGCUGAAUGCCUAUGUCAACUCCGAGUUUCCGUAUGAUUGGCCUAAUGACACGGACAGCGACUGCUGCCAAUGGGAAAGAGUCAAGUGUAAUUUUACAACUGGAAGUGUGGUUGGCCUCUUCUUAAAUUCUACAUACACCGUUCGUCCCCUGCUAAAUAUUUCAUUGCUCUAUCCUUUUGGUGAACUAAAGACUCUAAACUUAGAUUAUUUCAACUAUACAGGCUGCUGGUUCGAUAAUAUCCAUGGUUAUAAAAGCCUUGGGAAAUUGAAAAAGCUUGAGAUCCUUGAUCUAAGUCACAACUUCGUCAAUAACAAUGUCUUACCCUUUCUGAAUGCUGCUUCACCGCUUAAAACUUUGAUUCUUCAUGGUAAUAAUAUGAAAGGUCUUUUUCCGAUAAAAGAACUAAAAGAUUUGAAAAAUCUAGAACUGCUAGAUGUAAGCGGGAACAUGCUUAGUGGCCCUUUGCCAGGUUUUGCGGAUUUGCAUAAGCAAGCUUUGGAUUUAAGCGAAAACAAAUUUUCUGGAACAUUGGAAGAGCAAGGACUUUGUCAAUUGAAAAUUUUACGGGAGCUUGAUUUGAGUCGAAACGAGGUUAUUGGUCGACUUCCUCAGUGUUUUAGUAGCUUAACUAAACUCGAAGUUCUUGAUAUAUCUUCAAACAAAUUCAGUGGGACGAGUCCAUAUCUUAUCAGCAAUCCCACUUCUCUUCAGUACUUAUCUUUCUCAGAUAAUGAGUUUGAGGGUGUUUUCUCGGUGGAGUUAAUAACUAACCUCUCGAAACUCAAGGUGUUCAAACUUUCAUCAAGAACUAGUUUUCUGCAGAUAGAAAAUAAAAUACCAUUGCAACCGAGAUUUCAGUUGAGUGUCAUCGAGUUACAGUAUUGUAACUUGGAAACAGUUCCUAGAUUUCUUCAACACCAAAAAGAUUUGCGUCUGAUCAAUCUUUCCAACAACAAGUUGACCGGAAUAUCUCCAUCUUGGUUUCUGGAGAACUAUCCAAGACUUCAGGUUUUGCCUUUACAGAAUAACUCUUUCACCAUGCUUCAGUUGCCAAGACUACUACUUAAUCACAGUAUGCAGAUUUUGGAUGUAUCAUCCAAUAAGUUUGAUCAAGGCCUUCCAGAGAAUAUCAGACAAGUCCUUACAAAUAUAAGACACAUGAAUCUUUCCAAUAAUGGGUUUCAAGGGAAUCUGCCAUCUUCGUUUGGUGAGAUGAAAAAAUCUCAUAAUAGUUUCUCCGGGACUCUACCAAUGAAACUUCUUACUAGUUGUUACAAGCUGUUUACUUGGAAACUUUCAUACAAUAGUUUUACUGGUCAAAUUUUCUCACAACCAGCAAAGUUGGAGUCUUUGAUGGUUUUGAUUGCAGAUAACAAUCAAUUCACCGGAAUUGGAGAUGGGCUGCUUAAUUCAACGGGUCUAGUCUAUUUCGACUUGUCAAAUAAUCUUUUACAAGGUGUCAUCCCAAGCUGGUUUGGAGGCUUCCAUUUCAUGUAUUUUUCUGUUUCAGUUCUAAAAGGUACAAUACCAAGUUCACUCUUUAACAUACCCUUCAAACUUCUGGACCUCUCUAGAAACAAGUUUUCGGGGAGCUUGCCUUCCAACUUUAGUGGGAGGCAUAUGGGUCUGUUUUACUUGCACGACAAUGAGUUUCGUGGGCCGGUUCCAAGUACAUUGCUAGAAAAUGUCAUGCUCCUUGAUCUGCGUAAUAACAAGUUAUCCGGGACGAUCCCACAUUUUGUCAGCAAUAGAUAUAUUCUUUAUCUUUUGCUGAGCGGUAACACAUUAACUGGUCAUAUUCCUACUAGUCUUUGUGACCUGAAGAGCAUCAAGGUUUUGGAUCUUUCUAACAACAAAUUGAAUGGGUCUAUACCUUCAUGUCUUAACAAUGUAUCAUUUGGACGGAGCUUAGACUAUGAGAUAGAUCCUAAUCAUGGUGAUUCAUUUGGCAUUGCUGGUGGCGAUAAUGACUUGGAGGCGUAUUCUAUGUCCUUUGUUUCUAGGUUCCUGGAUUUACCACUUGAGUUUUAUCUAGAUUACUCAGGCUACUUGGAUUUUUCAGUGGAAUUUACAUCAAAGAGAAGAUAUGACUCUUACACUGGAGAAAGUUUUGACUUCAUAUUUGGACUGGAUUUUUCGGAUAAUGAACUUAGUGGUGAAAUCCCACGAGAGCUAGGAGAUCUUCAGAAAAUGCGUGCUUUGAAUCUGUCUUAUAAUUCCUUGUCAGGUCUAGUACCUGAAAGCUUCUCUAAUCUAACAGAUAAAGAGAGCAUUGAUCUUUCUUCCAACGUAUUGAACGGAUCAAUACCACAUAAUCUAACCAAGUUGGAUUAUUUGGUUAUAUUCAAUGUGUCACACAAUAACUUGUCAAGUUCUAUUCCAAGUCAAGGAAAAUUUUUAACUUUGGAUGAAACAAAUUACAUUGGUAAUCCUUUUCUCUGUGGAUCACCUGUAAAUAGAAGUUGUGAUGAUAACAAUACUACCGGUGAAAAGGAAACAAACUAUCGAAGAAAAGAUGGUGGUGUCGCAAUUGAUAUGGAGAUGUUCUACUGGAGCCUUGGAGCUAGCUACAGUGUGAUAUUGGUGACAUUUAUUGUGUUUCUUUGCUUUGAUUCAUCUUGGCGCCGAGCAUGGUUUCGCCUUGUUGAUGCUUUUAUAAAUUGUUUCAAAUGUGUUUAA